CUAGACCUGCGCCGCCGCCGAUCGCCAGGUGCCCUAGCUCUCCGACGACAGCCCCGUCCAACAACACUAGCCCUCCACCGGCCUCGACCGUGAUCCCCUGCCCUCUGCCAGCCUUGUCCGUGAUCCCACGCCCUCUGCCGGCCAUGGCCGUGAGCCAUUGCUCUAUGCCGGUUGCGACUCGCCUUCCAGAGCACGCAUCACUACCGCUCGUUAUAAGCAAUGGUGUCACCGAUCCUCUGUCCCCUGCCAUUAACCUGCCUCCUACACAGCUUGGUGGUGAUUUGAUUUUGCAAACCCAUAAUUGCAAUGAGGGCGGCCGCCAUGAUAUGGAAAUGCAUCCUCCCCCGAUCAAUUUGGAUAGCUUCAGUACACCAAAAAAAAGAGCUAUGGACAUCCCAGUUUGUAUUUCAUCAUGCACACCCAUAUGCGAUGAGAACUUAAAGCCAACUGUAGGAAUGACAUUCGACAGUAUGGAAGCAGUCGAGGAGUUUUACAAGGCUUAUGCACACAACGUUGGGUUUUCAGUUCGAAUUGGACAGAACAAGACGAAAGAUAAUGUGAUAGUCUGGAGGCGUUUCCUUUGUGCAUAAUCAGGAUUCCGAACAAAGAAGGAGGAUGAACCCAAGAUGGAUUUGAAUGGAGAGAAGAAAAGAACACAUGCAAGAAAGAUCACUAGAUGUGGUUGUGAGGCCAUGAUAACUGUGAAGCAUAUGAAGGAUGGCAAAUACUCAGUAUCAUUUUUUCAUGAAGAACACACCCAUGAGUUUGUCACUCCUAGGAAGCAACAUUUAAUCAAAUCUAACAGA